AUGGAUGAGGACUACAUCUCACAACUGGCUAGUCUGGUAGAUGCUCGUAUACCAAUCCUCCGGCGAGAACUGAAAGAUGAUGCGUGCACAAAGGUCUCUGGCUACUUUCAUCUGGGGCAUAUAGACGUAGAAAAAGCGAAAAAUCUUAUGCCCUAUCAGGGUGAAAUCUUAAUUGCCCUGAUUUUCGGCCAUGUUUUUAAUGGCUCUCAGUCCAUCGGUGUCCGUUUUGCAAAGCAUUUUGCCGACCUCGCGGAGAACAAUGCCAAGCGUGUAUGCGGCGCUAGUGUGGAAGUCAAUGGGUUCACCAUCAAAGUUUAA